AAAAAAGCUUUAAAAACAAAACAACAAAUUUCCUUUGUGUUUUUGUGUGUGUAUUGUGUGUGUGUGAGUGAGAGAGAGAGAGAGAGGGGAGAAACGUCUCUCUGCGCUGUUCUCCGUUCGAGGCUGGGAUUAGCACACGUGGCAGCUGAUGAUACGUCGGCCCGUUCGAAAAUCGCCGCUGCCGAAGCCGCCAAAUCCAACUCUCCUUCCUCCGUCUCAAUCUCCCCUCUGCUUCCUCGUGUCUUUGUUUCAGCCUUCCAGAGAGAGAGAGAGAGAGAGAGAAAGAGAGAGCUAAAAAGGGUAGCUUCAGCCAUUGUAGGAAACUUGGAAUUUAAGGGUCCUGCAAAAAAGGGAAAAGUAAAGAUAUUUGAAGGAACAACAAAAGCAGAGCGAAAGCACCGGCGCACCAAGCUGCCCAAAUCGAAAAAACCCUAGUUGAGUUGAACCUUCAAUCUCUCGAAUGGUUUGAACAAAGUUACCUGUCAUAUAGAUAGCAAUGGAAUUUCGGUGCAAUAUCGAUGUAGGUUGUGUUUUGAUGCUUCAGAGUUCUCUCCUCCCAGCUGUUACUAGUUUUUAAAAUGAAGCCAAAAAACAAUGUGACACCUAGGUCUCAACAGUCAGAAAAAUUCCAGGUUGGGGGGCCAAACUGGGUCCUUAUUGCAGGUGUUGCGUUGUUAAGCACAUUGUCAAUUCGAAUUGGAUACAAGCUGAAGCAAGCAUUUGACACAAAACAACAGGAGAACGUGAAUCGUAGUUUGAAAGGAAAUGGAAAAUCCAUGGACAAGAGGAAGUUGAACUGCUGCUGCAUGCAUUCAAGUGUUUAUGCUUAUGCACAAGACGAAGGUGGCUGCUUCAAUUGCACUCCAGGAGCCGAAGACAUGGCAGAAAUUAAGCACCCAGCCAAUGGCCAAAUUUUGACAGAAACUGCUGUUCCACUUCCUCUGGUUGCAGUUCCCCAUCCUGAAUUUAAUAAAGAGAAUGGUGUUAUUUGGGCAUCUUCCCCCGAUCGCCUUGAGCUGCCUCCAAGGCCAUUCCACCACUCAAACAGCUCAGACUCACCAUGCGUCUCGGAAUCUGGCUCGGAUAUCUUCAGCAAGCGGGAAGUGAUACACAAGCUGAGACAGCAGUUGAAGAAAAGGGAUGAUAUGAUCUUGGAGAUGCAGGAUCAGAUCAUGGAAUUGCAGAGUUCACUCAAUGCUCAGCUCUCCCAUUCUACCUAUUUGCAAUCCCUGCUCGACGUGGCAAACAGGGACCUGUUCGAUUCUGAGCAGGAAGCUCAGAGGCUGAGGAAAGCAAUUGCAGAUCACUGCGUCAGACAUGCAAACCCCAACGAGAAGCCUUCGACAGUUUCAAUAUGGGCACACGAAGAGAGAAAUGGGCAUGCAAAUGGGUAUCUCAAUGGAGAGAGCAGUUUGGCAAAAGGGGGAGCAGAUGGGGAGAGGAUUGAGAUGCUGAGAAUGAAGGUGGGAGAGUUGAAGGAAGUGAUAGAAGGGAAGGAUUUCCUGCUGCAGAGCUACAAGGAGCAGAAAGAAGAACUCUCUGUAAAGAUCAUGGAGUUGCAACGGAGAUUAGAUUCUCAGCUGCCAAACAUUUUGUAGACAACUCAAGUUUUGAAUUGUUAAUUAGUUUCCCAGCUCUCCAACACCACCCCCCCCCCCCUCCCCAACCCAACACCCCCUUUGAUUAGAGACUAAUUUGUUUUCUUUUUUGUCACCGUUGUCUUGUUUUAAUGUUUCGUGCUAUUCUGUACUACUGUGCUUGAGAGAGAGAGAGAGAGAGAGAGAGGGGCAAGCUAAGGUGAAGCUAACUUGAAAAUUGCUUAACAAGAAGGGAAGAAGGGAACAAGUUUCACAAAAAUCAUCAACUCUGCUGUAUUUAUUUCUUUGGACAGUCUCGUACCAGUGUGUACACGUUACUGAUUGGUAAAGGGAAAGAAUGCCAAGUCUUAUAUUUUUUAGUGAA